UGUAGACUUGUUUUAGAACGCUAUGAAAGCUGGGAAUUUCGACUGCUUCACGACUACAACAAAAGGACCUCACAUUGAAAAUGACAAGUAUCCUCCAGAAAGUUGACGCUGGAGUGGAUGGUUCGGUUUGUUGAGCAUCGAUCCUCGGAGCUGACUGACUGACGAUGGUUGGUUUUUCCAGCUCUGAUGUUCCCCCGCCGACCGCGGUCAAGGUCUUUUCAGCGGGAGCUGCUGGCUGUGUGGCUGAUCUGGUCACUUUUCCUCUGGACACAACCAAAGUCAGGCUGCAGAUUCAGGGUGAAUCCAAGUCCAUGCAACCAAGUCAGAGGGCAAAAUACAGAGGUGUGUUUGGUACCAUCUUCACCAUGGUGAAGACUGAAGGGCCAAGGAGCCUCUACAGUGGGCUGGUGGCAGGCCUGCACAGACAGAUGUGUUUCGCCUCAGUCCGCAUUGGCCUGUACGACACCAUGAAGCAGCUUUACACCAGGGGGUCAGACAAUGUUGGAAUCGGGACUCGACUGCUGGCCGGUUGCAGCACAGGAGCCAUGGCGGUGGCCUUCGCCCAGCCUACAGAUGUGGUAAAAGUGAGGUUCCAGGCUCAAGUCCGGCUGCCUGACAGUGGGUCUGUGAAACGAUACAGUGGCACUAUUAAUGCCUAUAAAACCAUUGCCAGGGAUGAGGGUAUAAAAGGACUCUGGAAAGGUUCUCUGCCAAAUAUAGCCCGUAAUGCCAUUGUAAACUGUUCAGAGCUGGUAACGUAUGACAUCAUAAAAGACCUCAUCCUGAAGUCCAACCUGAUGACAGACAAUAUGCCGUGUCACUUCACAGCAGGCUUUGCAGCAGGUUUCUGCACCACUAUUGUAGCAUCACCUGUGGAUGUAGUUAAAACACGCUACAUGAAUUCCGUGCCGGGGCAGUACAGUGGUUCUUUGAACUGUGCCUUCACCAUGUUGGUUAAAGAAGGACCCACAGCUUUUUAUAAGGGAUUUAUGCCAUCUUUUCUUCGCCUGGGGUCCUGGAACAUCGUGAUGUUUGUGAGCUACGAGCAGAUACAGAGAGGUGCGAUGAAGAUGUGGCAGUUCUUGGAGUCCUCCCAGUGAGCUCUCUGUCACACGGCAGCAUGCAGUCUGACUGGUAACACCGGCUGGUGUGCUGGCCCUCAGGGAAAAUACACAUGUGCCCCACGCCUUGUUUGAAAACAACUUACCAACUGAUAAUUACACCGACACACAGAGACAAAUCAGGUGUAAAUGGGGUGCAUUUAUUUCCAGUUCUGCAUUUAAACACCUAAACAUUCUAGUUGAUUGGGGUUUUUAUGGGCUAAUGUCAGGUUUCGGGUGAUUAUUUUCCCUUGACAGCUGUGAUGCCAGAACAGGGAUACAGAAUUGCCCUCCAGCUGCACAUGUGUGCAGUCACACUUUAUUAUACACAAUAGAUUCAACAAAAUCUGAUUUUCACCAAAUUUAAACUGGACAUGUUAAAGUACAGGAGCCACAACACUUCCAAAUUAAGCUAUUAGCAAAUGCAGAUAUCAUGUACAAAUUGGAAAAAAACUGCAUCUAUUCAGUAACAGGUACAGUAGUUGCAUCAAAAAAAACAUCUUGCGGAUUGUAAAGUGCAUAAAAUGGUGAUUCUGACAGGGCUGUGAAAACUGCGGAUCAGCAGGAUUCUUAUGGAGCUAAAU